AGCCCCCCUAGCCCUGAGCCAAAUCUUCGUCCCACUCCCCGUACGAACUUUGCACUAAACUAGUGCGCCAACAUGAGGGUUCACCAUUUGCAUGCGCCGUCCUACCUGGAGAAAGCGGCCUCGGCGUCUUCGUCUCCGGCUACUGCACCGUCCACGUCUCCUCCCUCGGCCCUGUUCCCUUUCGGCGCCUUCCAAUGCCUCCGGCCGCUGGCGCCCAAGAUCUCCCUCCCGGACCAGCCGAAGAAGCUCGUCGCGCCGCCCGACGUCCUCGGCCGCGUCAGGAACGCCACCAAGCUGCUCAGCUGCACCGUCAGAAACCAUACAGUGCAAGUGCCGGUGGGAGGGACGACGCGGUGGAACCCGUCGGCGGAGCAGAUCAAGGUGCUGGAGGCGCUGUACCGCGGCGGGAUGCGCACCCCGAACUCGGCCCAGAUCGAGCGCAUCACGGAGGAGCUCGGCCGGCACGGCCGGAUCGAAGGCAAGAACGUCUUCUACUGGUUCCAGAACCACAAGGCACGGGAGCGGCAGAAGCAGAAGCGCGCCGCCCUCCUCACCCUCAGCACCCUCGACUCUUCCUCCCUGCCUGCAACGGCGACCAAGGAUGGAGCCGGUGAUAAGAAGGAAGAUUGCGAUGAGGCGACGAACAGCUGCAAACGGCGGUGCAUGACAUGGAGUGCCGGCCAUGGCGACGCGGCGGCGGAGGUGGCCGCCCCCGACGGCUGCACGGAUAACGUCACCCUGGAGCUCUUCCCGUUGCGUCCACAGGGGAAAGCUGCGUAGUUGUUGACUUCGUCGUACGUGCUUGUGCAUACACUCCGUCUAACAUGCAUGCAUGGAUAUGCCUGGAUGGAGCCGGUUUUCAUUGGGAAAACUUCUGAUUUUUGCGUGUGUUUGUACGUUUGGGUUGCCUAAUUAAAGCAUGCAUAGUUGUGGCGUGAUCAGUUUCCUACUAGUGGAGUGUGUAGCAUUCAGAUGGGAGGAACUGGCUUCCGCAAAAAAGAAAAAAGAAAAAAAAGAGGAACUAGCUAGGAGUAUCCCCUAGACAAGUUUUUCCUUCACUUGCGUUUAUUAGAGUUAAGAGCUUGAUCAUUAUUAGGUUCUUGUCAUGAUUACUACAUCUAAUAAAGCCAGUAAUCACCAUAGAAGACCAAGGCAAUAUGUAAACUUCAAUCAAUUAGAUUUUCAUUAUGAUUCAUGAGCUUUA